AUGGACAACAAUUCAAAGCCAUCACUACCGAGUGAUCGGCGAGGCCCGGGAACUAACACCCGCCUACAAGAGUUUGGUGAUAUCACGACCGUCACGGCUUCACCACUGCCCAACUCAGAGAAGCCUCAAAAGUGGCCGCGAGGGUGGAAAUGGGUGUAUAUUGCCAUCGUUGGCUAUUGCGAAUGCCUCACAUUUCUCGUCUCCAUGAUGCUUGCGCCAAGUGUCCCUCAAGUUCUCGCCGAGUUCCGACCCCUCGGCGGAUCCAAGUCACUCGGGUCUUUCUCGGUUACCGUCUACAUCCUGGGGUUCUGCGUCGGCCCGCUUCUCCUCGGCCCUCUAACCGAUCUCUAUGGACGUAUUGUAAUCUACCGGCUGUCCAUAGUCGGAUUCAUCCUAUUUACUGUUUCCUGUGCCCUUUCCCCGUCUCUCGAGGCACUUAUCACCUUCCGCUUCUUUGCCGGCUGCUUCGGUGGCGCCCCCAUGGCCAUUGGAGGCGCUGUCAUAGCUGACAUGUAUGAGCCUGGUAAAAGGGAUUGGCUGAUGGUAUCCUACUCCGCCGGGACCAUGAUGGGGCCCACAAUCGGUCCAGUAUUAGGGGGCGUUAUCACGGGUCAUUAUGGUUGGAGAUGGUUGUUCUGGGUCGCCGCAAUUCUUUCAGGAGUCGCAGCUGGGCUGCUCCUCAUCCUACCCGAGACCCACCUCCCGACUCUCGAGCGGCGCCAAACCCGUCGCGCAUCCCGGCCAAACUCUGACGAAAACCCGACCGAACGUGCCUCUACCCGUUGGAACAUCAAACUUCUCAUCCGUACCAUCAGCUGUGCCGUUUCCCUGCCGACCAGGAUCGCAGGCCACUCCACCGUUCUCUGGAUGCUAGUCCUCAUCGCCGUGUUCAAUGGUCUGGUGAAUAUGGUUUUGUCCUCGCUCGGAUCCAUCUACCAGAGGAAAUACCACUUCCGACCCGCCACGGCGGGGCUUUCAUAUCUAGGGAUCGGCGUCGGCGGGCUGGCUGCGCUGGCUGCGACGAAACGACUUAAACGGUAUCUAGCUGGCAUGUUCAUCGCAAAGGGUGUAGCCGAGAGUAGCGAGGCGUCUCUCCUCUUCCUUGCAGCUGUCACUCCUACCACGUCGAUCGGGCUCCUCUGCUAUCGGCCCAACUCUUCCUCAUAG